AUGUCUGGUCCCGCUGCUGGUAGAGCUGCCCGUUCCUUCUGGAGCAUCUGGUACAAGCCUGAAAUUAUCCCUAUCUACAUCACCGUUGGUGGUGCCUGUGGUUUGGCCGGUUGGUACUUGACCCGCCUUGCUCGUGGCCCUGAGGUCGUCUGGGACCGUCGCAACAACCCUUACCCUUGGCAAAACAUUGACCAAGACACCCAAGUCAAGUUCAUGACCGUCAACCAGCAAUUCUCCAAGAGCUACUCCCGUGACCGUUUGUAA